GUCAGGCUUUUCUCUCUCUUUCAUUGUUGAAUCGCCGACUGCAGUGAAGCAAACUGUGUUUUUCGUCAAGAUGGCACUCUUUACCUAUCUCGUUGUCGCUCUGGGCGUGCUGCUGAUUGAUGCCGUCCUCGAACUGGCUUUCAUCACCAGCAUGGUGGCAUGGCUACACAACACUGCCAGCGGCACAUUUGCUGUCAACUUCAACGGCUCGACUUUCGAUCUCUAUGGCAUACCGAAACAUUUCUUGGUCGACCAAGGGCACUCUAGCAACGGCGCCGCGGGAACAGCAAUCGUCCUCAUUUGCAUAGGGGGCUCUCUCGUUCUUUUCCUUAGAAGCCGACCCAACAUCAUCGGAGCGAAAGCCACGUCCUUUUUCUACGGUGCCUGGCUUGUCAUUCUCGUCCUCGGCCUCAUGCUCACCAUUGGAUCUCUCGGCUAUGUCUUUUCUGUUACGAAUGCGCAUAAAGGACAGACUAUCGAUCUUGACGCCGCCUCGAAAACCGGCAACCACAAGUACGCUCUCGAUACGUGGACGCCUCAAAACUGGUUCCCAGCCAUGUUGAAGCUCGAUCUGGCGGAUGAAAGCCAGCGAAACGAUAUUGCCAACCAUCUGCGAAUCAUGAGAGGAUGGCAAUACAACUUGAUUCCGCUAUUCUUGGUUCAACUUACGACAACCGUUCUUGCUAUCCUGGAGUUUUUGGAGAGGCGGAAGACGCGACCUUCUGCUGGGGAGUACGACAGCGUGAAGCGAACUAGCGGAGAGCAGAAAAUCGUUGCAACUGCUACUCCUUAACUGGACAUUCGAUUCGGGCAUCAUUGAGGAUGCGAUUCUUGUACAUAUUAUUUUUAUUCAUCGAGGCAUCUGCAUAGGGAUAAAACGGGUUACACAACUUACGGUGGAUAAGACUUGUUCAUUCUAGCUACUAUUAGAAAGCUUCUUUAUUAUUAAUCCAGC